CGCAAGUCAAUCAACCAUACCUGAGUCACUGUAUCUGGGCCACGAAUAGAUCGCAGCUGCGCGGGUGCAUUCACCUGUUGUGUACCUUCGUAUCCAGAGUUUGGAAAUUAAUUUUUCAUUCUGUCAAUUUACUGCCUGGAUUUUCUUUUUCUAAUACUUUUACUAUCACUGAUAACAUUUAGACCACUUCAUUAUCCAUUUUUGUAAUUUUAUCAAGCUCUGCAGUGACUUGGGACAAUGCACAUUUCUAUAAGUUUGUUAUUUUGCUUUUGACUGACCGGAAGCCACUAUCUUGAUAACUAACCUGGUUCAUGCUUAUGUACUCGAUCUUGCAUCAUGAUUGUUAGAUUUAAAAGUCAGAGACACUAACUGCCUGAUUGAAGCAAGUACAAAGGGGUCCCAACUUCCGACGUAGUUGACAUAAAUAUCAAAUAAACCCAUCAACUGUUGUGACGGAUAUAUUGUUUUAUAUGCAAAACAUCUUUAUUCAGAUAGUCACGAUUUAUACGGGUUGUGCUAUUACAAUAUAGGUUAUCCCGUUAUUAAGUUACAGUUAGCUAACUCGGUUGUGUUUAUUGAGUAGGAACUACAUUAGUCUCAUUGUUGUUUGUUAUUCUUGGUGUCUUGAUAUUUUAAUCACAUGUAUUCGAUAUUAGUUUUAGGCUUAUUCACAAUAUUAGGUUCACAAGUAAUGUUUUUCCAGUGAUGUAAUCUGAAACCGAAUUCAUUUCAUAGUUCCGCGUUACGAGCUUACGAGUUUUUUACUUCCUAUCGGUGAAUUCGUUCGUUAGACAAAUAUAUGACAGUGAUCCUCAGAAUUUGGUAUCAAAAGGCACUUCCUAAAAACAAACGUGGUAAUGUACGAACCUAUCGAAUAUAAUGCUGCCGUAUUCACUCAUAUUUUGUCUACUUCAAAGGUCAACUUCAAUCUCACUUUCCUUUAGUUUUUGUACGAUCAUUUUUAAACACUUCACCGUUAGUUGGCUUAACUUAUGAAAACAAGUACGGGUUAUAUUUCGAAAUAAAUAUACUAAAAUUUAUAAACGUCCAUUCAGAAUCGUGUUGUUUUGCACUCUUUCAUAUUUAAACAAACAUAUUUCUCCGUAAAUUUUGACUUGAUUAGUUAUCCUGGCACCUUAUGGAAUAUCUGCAAAACUGACCGGCUUUGGUUUUGAAAAAAAGGACGGAGAUCUGAUGGUUGAAUCAGAAGCAUGGUCGACUUUUUACCCCCUCAAGUCCAGUCACGAAUGUGACCCUGCUAUGAGUGGCGUAACUGGUCUGCCGUUUUUUGCUAUGGCUACUCCUACACAUCAGAAUCCACGUCAGCAGAAUAAAUUUAGUAGUGAUAAGAAGCGGACAGUAGAAGAAAUCAAUCGACGGUUUCCGGAUACCCCACCCAAAUUUGUUGAAGUGAUCGUUGAUGGUUUUCGUAUGAGAUACCCGAUGUGCUUUGUUUUAAUAACCUCCGUAAACGAUUCACCUAGUCAAUCGGAUUAUAACCCUACACCUUACGAUGAAGCGAUUCAUUUAUCAGACGUUUCCGGUCAUAAUUUAUCUACAAACGUAUCAGCGCCCUAUAUGUCGAACAAAUGUUCCAUGUAUAAUGCCCAUAUUCCAAAUAAGAUGAAAACAUCACGCUUCUGGCGAGUAAACAAACGAAGAAAACGCCCGUCCAUAAAAAUGAACACACCCGGGACGUCUUUGCUGAAAUCAAUUAUUCCCAGUAGUUCUUUGCAGUCUGAUUUCUUGGUAGAUGUUCGUCAUAUCUACCUAGCUGGAAGAACUCUCCAGUGUGCAUCGCAACAUAAUCGUCUUCCUUCUAUGAAACCAGAGUGGCAAUCAAAACGGUCACGUUCUACUGAUAAAAGUGAUAUGAGUUGUAGUACUGAUGGGCUCACAACUUCAGUAUCACCAGAAAUGUGCUCAUUGUACAUACAAGACCCAUGUACUAUACUGCAAUGCUGCUGCAACAGGUUUUCUCGAGUUCGUCGCACUUCUGUUGGUGGUUCGUUUCAUCAGCAAGACCCCUUUAUCCGACGUUCCUUGAAGUCAUCUAUUCAUUUCAAUGUCCCGCCCUGUGAUCGUCCAAGGACUCCGCUCUCAAUGAUUACAACCAACUUAACUGCAACCCAUGAUCCAUCCAUGCCUACUCUGAGCCCACAGCAACCAGCUCCAAACCAAAAUUCAAACCUUAGUUCUAAUACCCUCAAUGAAUUAAAUAACGAUCUCGCUUGUGAUCAGAAUACAUCUCAGACCACACCUUCAUCCACUCACCUUUCAACAGCGCCACAACCUCCAUCACUUCUUCCUAAACCUGAAAGUAACUCAGACUUAUCUUCGGUUGUAAAGAUACCUAACGGUUUGGUGACCACUGAUUCACCCGUUUCUUCGGAUCAUCAAACACAAUAUGCAAAAAUGUCAGCCCGACACAUUCCGAUCGCUUCUGUAUCUGUAAUGAAAAGGGAUUUAUUCAAUACUUGGUUAGCCAGACAUGCAGCCCAGGAAUUGCAGAAAGAAUCGUCUAGUGAUAUAAAGCGUCCAAACUUAUGCCUCAACAUUCCAGAUCGAAUUGAAAGAGAGCAGUGUAUAUGCCCAGAAGGCAUUACUUUACAGUCUACCAUUGAGCAAUCAUCCCCAUCCUUCCCUAAUUAUAGUAUUGUCGAAGACAAUACAUUAUACAAAGAAAAUAAUGUAACUACUGACGAGUAUUCGUUUAGAAACAAACGCCUUCGUACUGCUAUUUGCCGCACUGAUUUCAACGAAUGCAGUUUGAAUGAUGGCGCACAAGGAAUCACGACAGAUAUCACAAAUGUCAACUUCACUUCGGCCAAUUCAUAUUCCCCGGAUAUGAAAGUCGGAGUCACAGAAUGCAAUGGUUUAAUUGAUGACCAACACAUUAAUCCGGGAGGAUCGGAAACAAAUUCUCAUUCUGGACUGAUGCAUUCUAAUGGUUCCAUCAUGAAUAAUUCAAGUGGCACUUUCAGUCGCAACGUUGGACUGAUCACUCACAGAGGAGUCAGUCUUGCUAGCAGUACAGGUUCUGGACCGAUCGGACCAGCAGAACUAGCUUUAAUGCUUCCCACACCACCAUCCCAUGACGCACCUCAACCUAGUCCUGUUGAUGGUGUCUCAGUGUCCACCAACCGUAUGAACCCUUCAACAACUUCAGUAAGCACUCCUGGGCCGGGCUCUCCGUCUGUUCAAACAAUCCAGGACUCAUUAUCUUCCAGCGUAACAGACACAUCGUCACAUUCGAUUCCUGUACCCUUCCAGUCUGUCAAUUCACCAUCAUCUUGUCAAAAUCAAGGAUUAUGGCAUCUUGCUAAACUGCCAUGCAUUCAAAACCUCGGUAGCGUCAGCAUGGAAUCUCAAGACUGGUCUUUCGUUCAACCUUGCGCUGCCUAUCUCGGGAUGACAAGUAACUAUCAAAUCCCUCAUGACGAAAUUUCAUCAUUCUCAAAGUCUCUACCUCAGCUGAAAUGGUCGUACGACCAUCGUGCAUCAAACCAAAAGUCUGUCUCAUCAGAUUGUGUGGAUCCACAUUUCACACCCAAUGGGUUGAUCGUCAAUACUGGGAAUCAGUCUACGACAUCUAAGUCUUGGUUAAUGUCUCCCAAUUCUUUUCCUCCAACUUCAUUACAUCGAAAUGUUACAAACACUAAUAAUAAACCUUGUUCACCUCAACAACUGAAUGAAUCUGGAACUACCUGUCCUAUCACAGGAUUUGUGAAGUCAGCAGAUUGUACGAAUCCCAACACCAGUUACGUGGAGGAUUUCACAGAGUGGUUAUCCAGCCUACUUGAAACCAAUGGACUUUUAGUAAAUUUAAUCCUUUCAGAUUCUAUGCUAAAUUUAUUCAAAGACCAUAAUUUUGAUUCCUGUAACAUUUGUGAAUGUACAUCAUCCAUACUUGGCUCUGAAAUUGGUCUUUACUUAUCCAAUUCAAUAUCUACAACGUCACCUUGUAGUAAAUCAGGACGAACGAACACUUCAACCUUUGGAGGUCAUGACCUAGUUGGUGGGUCUGGGUUCCAUUUUACACGAGGAUGUAAAUGUGGUUUCAGUGCUGUGAUGAAUCAGAAAUAUGUAGUUAAUGGAAAUUUAUUCUAUGAAGAUGAGAUUGAAGUUACCCGAUUGUCCGUUCGGUCUUCUUUGAGUCAGAGCAAUGAAAAUCUAUAUACUCGUCCACCUAACUACCGGACACGUCAAGGUUGGUGGGUAACCAGUUCUCAUCCUUCUGUUAGUCAUUUGCUCUUGCUUCAACGCAUAAUGAGUAGCGUAUUUGAAGAAUUUAGUGUACGACAGAUAACUGAUCAACUAAGAUGGAAUAUGUUGUCGUGUGACCAAGUCAUUAAAGAAAAUAAACUAGAAUAUGAUAACGCUUGUGCUUUAAUUUCGUCGGCUAUUCGCAAUUCAGUUGAAACAGUGCGUCCACGCAGAGUAGUUGGCCAUGCUGACAAUAUUGAUUCCAUUACUACUGAUACACCUCAUUCGGCUUCCGAAACUGGUGCGUAUAUUCACCCGUCUUUUUUUCUAAAAGCUCAUUCUAAGAUGCCUCAAAAUCAAAACGAUCAGAUUCGCUUAUUGACAACAAUGCGUCCUUGGCUUCAGGAGGCCAUUUCGUCUACUCGUAUGUUGGAAUCAAACUAUACGGUUGAUGGACCAUUAACUUGGAAAGCAUUUCAUCAACUUGCUGGUCGGGGCUCCGAUGAAACUUGUAAACCUCAACCGAUUCCUCAGUUGCGCGUUAGCAGUUGCGACCAAGAAAACUUAUUAAUUUCUCCUUUCGCUCUUCGUGAUUGGGAUCGGUUAUCACUAUUUCCAUUAUCGCGACCUAAACGUAUUGCUUAUGCUGUGAUCUUGCCUUCUGACUCUCAUAUGCUGUCCGAUUCGACAUCUAAUAUUCCUAAUGUUUUAAUGUCUGAUGGCACCGAUACAAAUUCUUUUUCAUUGACCUCAAAUUCACUAAGACGUAAUCUUGUUGAUUUUCUGAAAGAACUGUCACAUACCUAUGAAGCUUGUCAUCUUGGCCAGCAUUUCCCGUAUUACAAACCAGAAGCAGGUUCUCCUGAUACGGCGUUUAUACCAGUCUUUCCAAAUCCAGAACGUCUUUCAAUAUCAGAAUCUGAUAACUUCGUAAGUAUUCAUCCGGAUCUUCUGAAAACUCUUACAGAACAACUAGGUAAUCAUUCACUAUGUGGAGAAUCAGUACUACGAAUUAUUCAAAACUACGCCUGUUCCUCAGUGAAUUCCGCCAUAGCUGCAUUGAAAAAACAUGGUGUUGCUGUAGAGUUUUGUUCCGAUACGAAUCUUCGCUCUGCUUUGUUUCCACCUUUUGAUUCAAUAAAGUCAGAGAAACCUAGCAUCCCUGUAAAAAUCAAUCAAGAUGAUAUAAAAUUGAAUAUUGUCAACCGACCUUCAGUUUCAAGUAGAAUAGAUAGUAGUUGCUCCGUACGUUACAGUAAUGGUGAAGGUUCCUUCACCACAUCCUUGGAUACAUCCUCUUGGGGAGCGGGGAGUGAUGUUUAUUUAGUAAUAUACAUUCUAAAUCCGUUCUGCUACUUAUAUGAUGUCAGUAUGGAACUUGGCCGGCUUGUUAUGCAGUCAUUAAUCGGUUCUGCCAAUCACAUAUUGAAUUCUUUACCUGAAUCGUGGCGUUCACGUGUCACUACACAAAUUUUAUCAGUUGAUCAUGUCAUGUCUGAUUAUUUACCCCGUUUACGACCUUUAGCACUGGCAAUUUACACAUCUGUAAAUCGUUUCAUUGAGCCCAGUUUAAUAAAUGCAAAUCGUACUUUAACGGGUAUAGGUCCAGCAGCUGAAAAGGAAAUUAUUUCAAAUGAAAAAGACAGAUUCCACAAACGAACUAUAUUUGCGCCUCCGUAUACGCUCAUGAACUCACGUGGUGUACUCAGUCAAUUAGAUAUUUCAUCAGAACCUAUUGAUCGGUCAUCAGUUUUGUUUGUUGCAUACUGUCUUUCACAAGAUCAACAAUGGCUUCUUGCUACAUUCACAGAUGAACAGGGCGGAUUAUUAGAUCAUACUUUAAUUAAUAUUCGUGUCCCAACAAGAUACUUUACUGAAAUAGAAAAUCAACGUUUUCAACCAACGGAAUCAAAUAAACAUAUAUUAAGCCCUCGUCGUAUUGGGCUUGCACGACUUUGGGAUUAUAUUAUUAAUUUAAUCAGUCAAACUGCUAAUGCUUGGCGACUUGUAGUAGGAAGAAUUGGCAGGUUGGGACAAGGAGAACUAAAAGGUUGGAAUGGACUAUUAGGACGCAAAAGCCUUCAGGAUGUAAAUAAAUUUUUUCGAGAACGUUGUUCUGCAUGUAGUACAUCAUCAUGUGUUCCUUCACAUUCGUCAUCCAUUAAUAAUGGUUCUAAGCCUAUGUUAAAUCUAAUCAAUAGUUUCACUGGAGCCAGUAGUUGUACUCAUGAACUCCCAAGUUUGAUCAGCGCGUGUCUUGUUUCCCUCGAACCUCAAAGCACAUUCCGUGUAUAUCCUGGUUUUGGUUUGUGUUCAGAUGAAUCAUGGACGUACGGAGGUGGUGGAGGCGGUGGUAAUACAGGUGGCGGUGGUGGUUCUGGAGGUGCAGGUAGCACUGGUGCUAGUGGUGGCCUGAGUAACGGUGCCAACAAUGCAUUUUAUGGAGCCAAUGCUUCACCAUUAGCUAUGCGUAUGAUGUCACUAUUAGACACUCCAACAACGCCUAUAGAAACACCUAGUGCAACCCAUAUCCUUGUCUUUCCUACUAGUACUUCAGCAAGUGGUGUGUCCGAACAUGAACCUUCAGGAUUAGCUGAAGUUAUCUAUGGAAUGGGAUCUGAUGAUAUGAACGUAUUUGAUUGGCUUCUUCCCAAUGAUCCUGGUCUUGAUGAUCUCGUUCCUCCAAACGGAUCAACAGCAGAAAUGUUGGCUGACUUCGGUAAUCCAUCAGAAUUAAAUUUCGGCCUGUCCGACUUAGGUCCACCUGUUUGUGUCAGUGGUGUUAAUGACGGUACGGGGAAGUCAUCUAAUACUAGAUUAGGCGAUGGUAGUGAUGUUUUGCAUGGACACAAUGAAUACACUGUCGGUUUUCAUGAUAACCGGGGACAUGGGUGUUCUGAUGUUAUGGGUUUACGUGGACUUGAUUCUGGACUACUGGAUUUGGGACCAAAUCAAUUAAGUAACGUUGGUGGUUAUUUGAGUGAACAUUUAUUCGGUCAUGCUGUAAAUCCUCUCAACACGAUGCCUUUCGGAAUACAUGAUCCUACAGAUGAAGUGGGAAGUUUGAUGCAACAACCCUUGGCCAUGGGAUAUUACAUAUCUACAGCUUCUGCCGGUCCACUACCCUCGUGGUUUUGGAUUGCUUGUCCGCAUUCCAAAUUUCAGUAUCCAGUUUGUUUGAAGUCUGCUCUGCAUUUACAAACUACACUGGUUGGUGUCGAUGAUGCUGCAGCUGCAGCUCCUCCACCGACUGGAGGUUCAAGUGGUCCGGGGGUUGGACCGUCGUCAAAUCGUCCAGGACAUCUUCUAGAUUCUAACAGCACAUGUGAUGUAUUAAGAUACGUUUUAGAAACAUACAAUGCUUUAUCUUGGUUAACUAUUGAUCCAACAACAAACGAUCGUAGGACUUGCUUACCUAUUCACAUUCUUUCCUUAUCACAAAUAUACCAGGCUUUUGAAGCAUUCACUUGAUUUUAUUGCAUCUCUGUAAUUUAUUUGUAGAUAUUAAGUAAUGUUUUUUUUAAAAAAGAAAAUCAUGGCAGCUUGUAAUAUGCCAACAAAUCUUUCAAGAAAACUUAAUGAUUUCUCUAUCCCUUAUUAUUUACAUUUUAUCCUCUUACUUAUUUGUUCUUGCCAGUUUGUAAAUUGAUAUUCUUUAUUUACAUCAGGGUAGAUGUUACUUACUUUUUGUCAAUAAUGACUGUGUAUGUGCGCUUUGUCGAUUUCAUUCCCCCCUCUGAUUUCCGUCUCGUAAACUGACACCAACUCCCAACGCUCGAAUUCUUAUCGUAUUUUAUUAGUAUUUCCAUUGUUGGUCAAUGUUGAUUGUAAAUGUAUAUAAAAUGAUCAUUUUAUUCUUUACAUAGAAAUAAUUAAUUCCGAAUUGAUUUGUUUAAAAGUCACUAUUGUUUAACAUAGGUCGUUUAUCAUUG